GUGGACAUGCAGCUUCCGCGGGCCAUCCGCAGCAAAGAUCAGCAGAAGCUGAAAGCCGUCUUGACGAAGGCGAAGACCUGGCACAUUGAGACCGAGGAGGUGGAGCAAGGCGAACAGCUGCUGUCGAAGAUCCAGGCAGACGAGAACCUCCGCCUGGCCAUCGUCUCGAAAAGCGAGGAGCAGCUGGUCGCGGCACUGGAAGAGGCCAACAAGUGCGGCGCAGAGCGCCAGAGGAUCUUGAAGGCCGAAGCCGCCCUGGCGCUGCUCCGGGGGCUCCGGGAACUCCGGGAAGCCAUCGAGAGCAAGGACCCAGACUGGAUGGAGCAGGCCAUACAGCAAGCGAAGGAAUCAGGCGUCCCAAGGACCGAGAUCAGCAAAGCUGAGGGCCUUCUGAAGUCGCUGACGCGGAGUGUGCCCGUCAGCCGAGUGGGGAGCAAGUUCGUGGAGGAGGACCGUCCACCUUUAAGCCGACUGGGAAGCAAAUUCGUGGAGGUCGAGCCGCCGAUGGUGGCCUAG